AUGGAUCAACAACCACCAUGGCCAUUGCUCCAAACCAAGUCCAAGCCAAACUCCAUCAGCAGAACUCCCCUCAACCCAAAGAAGCUUCCCAUCUCCAUUCUUCUCUUCUCCCUCCCCCUCCUCUACGUCUCUCUCCUCCGCAUCCCUCCCUCCACCCUCUUCACCGACACCGCCUUCUGGUUCCUCCUCUCCAACUCCAUCGUCGUCGUCGUGGCCGCCGAUUCCGGCAUGUUCUCCACCUCAAGUACCGCCGGCAGCGACCUCUACGACGAGUACAUCAAGCUGAAGUCACCUCCAUGGUUAGAAAGGGCUGCGGAUGCAAGCGCCGUAGCUGAGGAGACUGAGGAGAUCAGAACGGACUGCAGAGAGGAGGAGAGUGAGUAUUCGAAGAUGUCCAACGAAGAGCUCAACAGGAGAGUGGAAGAGUUCAUUAGGAGAUUUAAUAGGGAGAUGAGACUUCAGGUUAGAGACGAAUGA